CAGAAUCCCCGGCUUGUGGAGAAAAUACCUUGUUUUCAUCAAACGAUCAUACUAUAGAUGCUCGAUGAGUCAAAAGUAGCAUCCUCUUCACGCGGAGAGAAAGAAGAUGGCGAUUAUGUCACAUUGGACGAGGAUAUGAUCUCUGGCGACAUCGUGGAGGAACUUGAUGAAGAUUCAUGUUUGAUAUGUUUGGGAAACAUACAAGAUCGCACCAUCCUUCCAGCAUGUCAACAUUCACUCUUCUGCUUCAGCUGUAUCAUGCAAUGGACAGCAAUUCAUCAAAGAUGUCCACUUUGCAAUACAGAUAUCGAUGGUUAUGUGAUUCAUUCAAUUCGAACUGACGACGAUUAUAUUCGCCACAGGCUACCGGAAAAGGUCAAAGGGGAAGAGAAGGGAUGUUCAGAUCUUCUUUCGAUAGUAGCCUCUCAAGCACAAAGUCGAUCGUUCAGACCGCAUCCAUAUCGUACAAGACCGCGCUACGAGAAUUAUCAACAAGAAGCUUCAGAACGAUGGGAGAAACAACUUUCGAUCAGAAGAAGAGUUUAUCGUCAGUCUCUGUAUUGCAAACACAUGGGCACAAAUCGAACUUCUCGUCUUGCGCCACCAGCGUCACCACAAGUAAUCGCUAAAACUCCUUCUUUGCAACAGAUACUCUUGCACUUCAUUCGUCGUGAACUGCUGGCCUAUCCGAUGACAAAUUUUGACGUAGAUUUCUUGGCAACUUAUUCUAUCAAUGUCUUUCGAUCACUUCACGUCAAAUCCAACGAAUCUAUCAACCUUUUGGCAGACUUUUUGGGCAUGGAAGGCGCUCAACACUUUUGUCAUGAAGUUUAUACAUUCUUACGAUUCAUAUCUGCUGGAUCAGGUGCUCAUCCUGAUAAAAUGGCAGCUUUUGACGCAUGGGCAACGUAUGACUGGCCAGAGGUGCGUGUAUCUGAACGCUUGCUUGCACGUCGAAAGGAAGGUCAGGACGCUGUUGCGGGAGCUGAAGUCUUGUCAGACGAUGCACAUACGUUGCGACUAGAAGUUAUCCAACGUAGAGCUCGUCUUCUCACCAAGCUAGAGGCUGAAAGGGACAAAAAUGGUCAAAAAGAAAAGAGCACAAAAACAUCACUUCAUGAACGAAUCCUCGCCCGUUUGGCAAAAGAACGAGCACUCGCACAGAAAGACGAGAGGGAUAGCUAGACAAUCUCUCGCACUUGUAUUUCUACUUGUAUUCUAUUGUACACUUGUAUUACACUAUUAAAUCAUAUUAUAGCGAUGUGUCCUCGCGACCGUCAAAAGCAUCGUCUUCCU